UUGGUCAGCAGGUAUGACAGCAGGUGCUGUUGUUAUUGGUGGUGUAACACGUUUAACUGAAAGUGGUCUAUCAAUGACAAAUUGGCAUUGGCUUAAUGAUAUGAGUCCACCACGUACAGCUGAAGCAUGGCAGGAAGAAUUUGAACGUUAUAAACGUUUUCCUGAAUACGAACAAAUGAAUCGUGAUAUGACAUUAGAUGAAUUUAAAAAAAUUUAUUAUAUGGAAUUUGCACAUCGUAUGUGGGGUCGUGCAACAGGAAUUAUAUUUACAUUACCAGCAUUUAUCUUUUGGAGACGUGGAUUAUUUGACAAAGGAAUGAAAAUACGUGUUUUAAUAUUUGGUGGAUUAAUUGCAGCACAAGGUGCAUUAGGUUGGUAUAUGGUUAAAUCAGGUUUACAUAAAGAAACAUUAGUUGAUGGACGUGCAAGUGUUUCACCGUACAGAUUAGCUGCUCAUCUUGGUACAGCAUUUAUUCUUUAUGCAGGUCUUUUAUGGAAUUCUUUUAAAUAUUUAACUAAACCUGAUGUUUACGCUUCAACACGUGUCCCACGUGCCUGGGCAAUGAGUGUUCAUGGCUUAUUAACUCUUACUUUGAUAACUGUAAUAGCUGGUGCAUUUGUUGCUGGUUUAGAUGCUGGUCUUUGCUAUCCAACAUUUCCAAAAAUGGGUGAUUAUUGGAUACCACCAGAAUAUUAA